AUGCAACUUCCACAACCGAUGCCACCACCGCAAACUGUGCUGCCUGCUGAAGUUCCAAUGAAUAGAACUAAGUCAGCUGUACGUCCUUUGAGCACAUCCACUCCGUUACCUACAGAAUUCGCAAUCCCACCACCGAUGACAAAUCAACUGCCCUAUGCUGGCAACCUCAACGUCGCCCAUCUGAAAUACCACAGGAACAUGGAACAGGAUGAUGUGCUUGCGAAUUUGUCAAAAAUUUCAAUUGUAUCUGAAGAAACAGUUGGCGGAGAAAAUGACAAAGAUGUAGAGCAGCGACCUCCUCGUCAGCGGCGCCCACCGCCCGUGCCAUUUAAUUAUAAAACCAGAAUGUGCUUAACGUACGCAUCAGGAAAACAAUGUGAAAUGGGGAGUCGCUGCAAGUUUGCGCAUGGUCCAGAAGAACUUCGUGUCGCCGAUGCG